GCGACCCUAGCAACCGCCGCCAGCGAGGCGUUGCCAAGGAGGCCGCGCCUCCCGUCCCACGGUUCAGGCUCGCUUCUCGACUGGGAAAAUGCUAGCUCCUUAGGCCAAGAGCUUCUGAGCUGGUGCAGAGUGCAACUUUCGGGAACUGCAGCGCCUGAUGCUUUCCCUUGACCUGAAGCUGUUUAGCCGUCAAACCUUAUGGGCAGAGGUUGCCUUUGCCCUGGGGGUGCACUGGCCCGAAAUCUAUAUCUAGCGAUGUGCAAAUGUUUUAAAUCUACAAACCGAUCAGUUAGCGAACCUAGAAGUGCAAAGAUUGGGGAAGGGUGGGGAACCACUUGUCCUGGAAACAGGAACCGACCCACGUAGCAAAGCGGGAUGCGCCCCUGCAAAGCUGACCUUGAAAUCAAGUCAGGAACCAGCCAUUUUCUAUAUUUUUUAGGUGAUGCUUUUGUACCUGCGACAUGCCCCUAUACAGAUUUAUCACAGAUUCGAGAUUUAUCACAGCUGCGUCAAUGCACAAGCAGGCAGGGUGGCGUAUAGACCAUGUGCGAGCACUUCCCCAUAUAUAUAUAUGUCGUAUUGCAAUAUGUUAAUGGUGGUGGAAGCUAGCAAGAAGUGCACCGGGCCAUUUUGAAAAUCGUUUGGGAGAGAGGCAGCAAGCAUUACUUGGCAUCACCUUGCUGCAAAAGGACUUCUCCGUGAGCAGCUGGGAGAAACAGGAUGCCAAAGGGAAGAGGCUGGCGGCAUCAGGGAUUGAAGUCUGCCGCUGGUGCUAUGUGGUGCCUAAUGCAAAUUCCUGGGAAGGUCCAGCUAUCCCACAGCCACUUUGAAAUAUUGCUAAAAAACAAGGUGACAACAUUUGUCUCAGCCACAUAUUGGCAAAAUGUAAAAUAAUAGUGAUACAAGUGGAAUACCAACAAACUGUUAAACAGUGACAUCUGCUGGUGAGUAGUGGUGGUCUUAAGAUUUCAGAAAAUGCUCACUGGGGUUUCCCUGCCUUCAUUUGAGAAAGUGGUCUCUGGUCCAUGAAAGCUUAUGCUGAAAUCACUUUGUUAGUGUUUAAAGUACUAUAAACCUUUGCUGGUUUCGUUCAUUUAUAUUUCCAAUCCAUGCCAGGAAAGAGAUGUGUGGCAGGUGACAAGAUUCAAAACAACAAUUUAACUACCCUACUAAAUAAAAUGCAAAAUAUUAUAGUACAGUGGUACCUUAGGUUGCAUAUGCUUCAGGUUACACACUCCGCUAACCCAGAAAUAGUGCUUCAGGUUAAGAACUUUGCUUCAGGAUAAGAACAGAAAUCGGGCUCUGGCGGCGUGGCAGCAGCAGGAGGCCCCAUUAGCUAAAGUGGUGCUUCAGGUUAAGAACAGUUUCAGGUUAAGAACAGACCUCCGGAAUAAAUUAAGUUUUUAACCCGAGGUACCACUGUACUGAGUAAGAGUUGAGUGUGUCAUCCUCACUCAGACUAAUCCGAUCUGCUUCCAUACUAGACAUUUUAUCCUGAAUUGGUAUCAUUCACUCUUAAAAACACCAUGCAAGUGUAGCAUACUAAGAUAUGUGUUCAAAUAGUUUAUAUGUGGGAGAGUAUUUGAGGAUCAGUGAAUUCACAGCAAGCUGAAGUCUAGGAUGGUUGUGAUUAAGCCUAGUAAUAUCCUAGACCUGUUCCAUCCAGCUAAUGGUGUCAAUUAGCACCAAUUCCACCCCAGCUGCCAUUUUAUGCUCACUUUAACCCACUUUGCUUCCCUUCACUUUCCAUACUCCAAGCUCUCUCCACACCACUCAAAACACCAAGAAUUGUUUUUUGCAAAAUGCCUUCAGCUGACCAUGUUUGCAUUUCCUUUUUUCCAGCAGACCCCAUUGAGCUUUGAAAUGAGCAAGAGAAAGGCAAUCUUAGAUAUUGUUUCAAACUAGAAAGCAGCUUAAGACCAGCUCUUUGUUCCACGAACCUUAUUGAAAUGACAACCCAUAUGCUGCUAUCCCCCCCCCAUUAGGAGAGUCAUUUCAAAAUAAAAGUUCCAACUUUUUCAUCCUCUGCUGCACUUAUAGUUCCCCCCACCUCCGCCAAGAGGCAGGAUGUGGGUGAUGAACUUUUAAAUGUUAAUUGCAAUUUCCUUUUGUGUGUGCAAAAACACAUGUUUACUAAUUGGAUUGAUAAAACUGAGGAAAAGGACAAACAGUGGAGUGGGUAUAGCUAUAGAGUAUAUGGGUUUGGGCCAAAAGCAGUACAGAAAACAUUAAAGGGCCAGUUCCAGUAGUGCCAAUGGCUAGGAGAAGCAGCCAGGAGCUGCUUAAACAACAUUGUUGCAUGCCACCCCAGUCUCUGAGCGGUGCAAGAUUCCCAGGGUUCCAGGCACUUACCCACAGUCCGUGUUUCCUUUGGAAUGAGGCACAGCAGAGACUGUGGUGUCUUUAUGAUAUACCGGUUUAUUUACACAUAUAUACAACCUGAAUCUGUGAUGGAGAGUUUCACAGCAAUAACACCCCAAGAGGGUCUUGAUCAGGCUUCCUCAACCUCGGCCCUCCAGAUGUUUUUGGCCUACAACUCCCAUGAUCCCUAGCUAGCAGGACCAGUGGUCAGGAAUGAUGGGAAUUGUAGUCUCAAAACAUCUGGAGGGCUGAGGUUGAAGAAGCCUGGUCUUGAUUCUCCCAUAGCCAUAGCCUUGGAUUUAAGUGGAAAUCAGGUGUGUCUCUGACUACCCGACUUUUACUAGUGCUGACAGAGGCUGGCUGCUUUGACCACCAAAAUUUGCAGAUUAUCUUCAUUGGAAUGGAAUCACCAAUGAAAGUGGUCAGUGGGAUACUCAAUGACAUAAGGCUAGGACAAAACAAAACAACAAAACUAAACACUCAACAUUUAUUGAAUUUCAUGUCUUCAGAAGAAUUUCAUAAACACACACAAAGGGCCAAUCAGUUAGUUAGAUGACCUAAGGAUAGGAAAACAAACAAACAAACAAACAAACAAACAAACAAACCUUAAUAACAUAUUCAACAUUCAAUGAAUUUCCUAUCUUAUUACCAUGCACAAAGGGUUGUAGAGGGUAAAAUCAGGAUUCAGAAAUUGUUGUUGUUAUAUUAAAUUUAUAUACUGCCAUUUUUCUGACGAUCUCAGAGUGGUUCACAAGAUAAAAAGAAAAACAAAUGCAAGUUUCUUCAUUAAAACCUAUUACAAUAAAUUGAAUGUUUUGGAUGUAUCCUAAUUCAUUCUUGUAAAAAUCAUGAAGGUCUAUAUUUUAACCAUGUGUACAUUGUGGAGUAUAUGAUUUCCAUUUUAAUCUAUUUGCCCAUGUUAAGGAGGACCACAAUAAAUGAUAAGAGUCUUUAAUAGCAUAAGCUAGGAUACUAGAUGAUAAUGUGGAAUGAAUGCUGAAGACGGGGGAAACUCCAGCUGAGAAGAGAUUUGGGGAUUUCGUUGUAGCUGCUGCUUGGAGAUAAGAAGUGAGGAGCUGAAAAUAUUGCUAGCCUUCUGGAUUGAAGCAAAGUAUUAUCGACCAGCAUUUUAUGUUCAGAUUGGCUUAUUGGAGUGUAUAGGUGCAAGAGGAGCUCACAGGAUUUUUAUUUUUUUUAAAACUCUUUAAAGCAUUUAAAAAAAAAAUGCAGGAGAAUGAAGGCAUCAAGUCUAAGAAAAAAUCAAUAUCUGAAGAUUACAAGGUGUUUUCCUGGAUUCUGUUCUUUGUUACUGGCUGGUUGAUGUUUUGCUGUCUGCUUAGCCCCCUGGGUGAAAUGCUGUUCGUGGUGUAAACUGAGGUAGCUCUAGCAACCGAGGUCUAACAGCCUCUCUCAACCUAGUGCAUUCCAGAUGUUUUGGGCUACAAUUCCCAUCAACCCUAGCCAGCAUGGCCAAUGGUCAAAGAUGAUGGGAGUUCUAGCCCAAAACAUUUGGAGAGCACCAGGUUGGGGAAGGCUGGUCUAACGGCUAAGCCAGGUGCAGAUAGUAGUAUAAUGGAACAAUUCACAUGAGUUUAGGCUGCAACAUGGGACAAAGAGCGAACACUGAAAGGCAUGAUUGGAUUCUGAUUGAAUCACAUGCUAUCAACACUAAGCCAUGCACUGGCUUGGGUUGAUGUAAGCAGUUAGUAUAAACCGAAAAAGCUCUGAGGCAGGUCUGAUAAUAAUAAUAAUAAUUAAUAAUAAUAAUAAUAAUAUUUAUACCCUUCCCAUCUGGCUGGGCUUCCCCAGCCACUCUGGGCGGCUUCCAACAAAAUAUUAAAAUACAGUAAUGCAUCAAACAUUAAAAGCUUCCCUAAAGAGGGCUGCCUUCAGAUGUCUUCUAAAAGUCUGGUAGUUGUUGUUCUCUUUGACAUCUGGUGGGAGGGCGUUCCACAGGGCAGGUGCCACUACCAAGAAGGCCCUCUGCCUGGUUCCCUGUAACUUGGCUUCUCGCAGUGAGGGAACCGCUAGAAGGCCCUUGGCGCUGGACCUCAGUGUCCGGGUAGAACAACGGGGAUGGAGAUGCUCCUUCAGAUCUGAAUGGAGAUCUGAACAUCUUGCUGCAACUCAAUAGUGUAAGCAAUCUCAUUUGUUACUAUGGUGCUUGCUGGGCACUGUCUGAACAUGGUGCAAACCAGCACAUUUGAUUGCAACCUCCUGAAGACAUGGAUUGGGUUGCCUGGCAGUGUUGAAACCUUGCUGGUUCUUAAGUAUGACCUAUUGAGCAUGAGCUUUGUUUUGUCUGUGGGUUUGUCCCCAGUGAGGAACUUUAGAUGCAUUAUUUGCCUGGCGUAAGGCUGCUGGUGUUUGCAAAGGACCAAAGUGUAAAAUACUCAGCUAAUGCCAGCAGGUAGGAGCGACAAAGGCAACGGGGGGGGGGGGUAAAUAAAUAAAGGAGAACCAGUGUGGUGUAACAGGUUGAGUGUUGAACUAUGACCUAGGAGACCAGGGUUCAAAUUCCCACUCAGCAAUAAAGCUCAGUGGGUGACCUUGGGCCAGUUACUAUCUGACCUACCUCACAGGGUUGUUGAGAGGAGAAUUUUUUUUUUGGGGGGGGGGGGGGGAACUCUGUAUACCUCCUUGAGAUCCAGGGAGGGAAAGAUGGUAUAUAAAUGUGAAAAAUGAAUAAGAAGAUAGCAAUGCUGAUAAAGAGAAGAUAAGAAUAUUUCAUGAAUCUUUUAACAAGAGAGACAGGAAGUAAUAUUAAUGGUUAACCCUUGCUCAUUGUUGAUCUUAAGGUGGCCAUGUGUCCUACUUUAGAGAGGGCAGUCCUCUUCAAUUUGAAGUCUUUCCCACCACAUUGUUUUUUUCUCUUUAAAGUACAGUAAUUAUUUCCAAAUUUGUGCUUUUUAUGCAAAUCUGCACCCUCCUUUUUCCUUCUUUGGGUGACCUGUCAACAGUCACCCUAGCUGGCAUUCAGAUUGAAAUGUCCAUUUUAAAGAAAUGCAAAGCUUAUCUAAUAAAGCAAAUUUGUCUUUUAGUAAGCCCAGUUAAGAUGCUAAACACAGCUGUUUGAGUGACUGGAAGGUAAUUGAUUCUCUGACGUUCAGAAGCUUGCAGGUUUGAUGAGGGAGUGAAUAUAUAAAAGAGAGUGUGGCAAUACCCACAACAGCUAGAGACUCGCCACUCUGGUUAGAAAAAGCUGGAUAGGAUUUUCUCUAUUUCCUGGGACACAGCAAGAAUCGGAAGUAUUGUCAGGCAAGCAAGAAGGCCAAGAACAAGGUUGCAGACUUGAGAGGACCAUUUUCCUGAAGGGAGCUGUAAGUUAACGCUUUGUUUGUUAAUGAAUAGAAGCUUCAUGGUGGAAAAGUGAAUUAACUAUUCCUGUCUGCAGGAUGCUUUGUAUAUUGAUUAAGAUUGCAGUCUUGCGCAUGCAUUCUUAGGAACAAAUCUCACUGUACUCAACAGCAUGUUUUUUAAAGCAAACAUGCAUAGGAUUGGGUUGUAAAUUACAGAGUUAAAUAUUCAUAACUGGACUCCAACUACGCAAAUAAUUCUAGGAUAUUUCAGAAGAUUUGCAAAAGCAAUCUGGACGUAUACUAGACAGGUACUCUGGAUAUGAGUUGGAAUUUAUUAAGUGCUGGUAAAAAAGGAAGAAAAGAAACCUGCUGUUUAAAGCUGCCAUUUACAUUUUAGUUGUAAUUCUUUGUCUCUGGAAAGUAAGUGGGUAAGUAAUAUAGUUCUAGCUACCCAUUUGCUUACGGACAAAAAGAAAAGUGAGUUGCAGAGAUGUCUGGUUUAUUAGAGAUAGAAGGCACAAGAGGAGAUGGCAUUUUACUGCAAAAAACUUUCAAUAGGGUAAACUUUUGAAAUGUAGGCAAAAAUGUGGCAGCUAAACUUUUUAAAAAAAUGUUUUCAACUAUGCCUUUGGAAUUUAUUUCAUUCUUAGGCAGCUAUUUUGUGUAUGAAGUGUUAUGAUGGUGUGUGCCAGGUCUUAGCCAAAGUUUACUCAGAAGCAAACUCCACUGAUUUCAAAUAGAUUUCCUGGCAAGAAAGUAUGUCUAGGACUUCAGUCUUCAUCUAACAUGCACAGCAUUAUUAUUUUUAACCUUGAAAAUACUACAAGGCUAAAGGAAUGCCUUACAUAUCUUAAUCUCACAAUGCUUGCAUUGCUUACCAUACUGAUUUAGUAAAAUCAGUUUAUCUGCUUGUCUGCCUCUGCCUACCAUUUCGUCAUUAUCUCUACAACUAGAUUCUGCUAGGGCUCACACCAAUUCUAGAAGUGCUAACAAAUGAACAGGAAUAAAUUUGUGUUUCAGGAUUAAAUACUUUUGUUUUGAAAGAGGAUUUAAGCUACCAUAGCAUCUUCGGUUUCUCAAAUGACAUCUUGUUGGGCUGUCAAUUCAGCCCCAUUCACUUAGGGAGAGAGAGAUUGAAAUCCUUUAUUUUACCUUCUGAAACAUCAGGAUGCUUAGACUCAAACCUUGCCCUCCAACAGAUGAGUAAUGGUGAUGAAUAAAAGUGUUGUUACUGUUUCUACUGCUACUUCUGAAAACUUAGCAGAGUUUUCAUGGCACUUUAUGCACAGAUUGGGUCCUGCCAUCUUAAGUUCACCGGUACAAAAUUAGGUGCUCCCAACCCAUUCACAGAAAGAUUAAUGUGACCAUAAUUUUUGAACAGGGAAUGUCGAUGAACGAAAAUAACUGGAAUGGAAAGAAACAGAAGUCUAUUAAGAGUUCAGCCAUACAGCCCUGAAAAUCUAAAUGUUACAUCCCCUGAAAUGCUCACAAUGGUUUUAUUGUGUGAGGCUGUUUCCCCUGAGUCACUUAUCUAUUGGAAGCAUGCGAGCUGGAUGUUUCCAGACUACACAGGGUUGUAGAUCAAAGGAGCAAAGAGUCAUUUUGAAAAUGGACUCUCUUGCCCUUUCUAUUCCUCUCUACUAUUGAAAGCUAGCUCAGUUGAAGUGAUGGCAGUUCCAGAACAGUAGGCAAGAGAUCCAGCUUGAGGCUGCAGCUUGUCUGCAGCUUUUCAGCUAUACUGAGAGAUAAUAGCUCUGUAUGCUUUUGUGUUUGUGUGGCAGCAACUCCCUCUAUUUCUUAUGUUCUGGCUGUAAGUGCUUAUGUACCACCACCAUUUACAAAAGGGAGGUAUCAGCCAAGUUUGCAGAAAUAUAAAACAUUUUUUUGGGGGGGGCACGAGCCUAAAGCAGUGAAACCUCGCAAAACAAUUCAGGGGGACUGAGCAUACUCGGUUCCCACACUGAUUGUUGCAGGGUCAAUACAGCGGCAUCCUGUUGCAGGUCCGAUUUGUAUCAACAUAUUUCUGAAACAGGCAUCCUUUUGGAACUUGUAUUUGACUACAAGAGGCUACAAGAGGCUCCGCAAUGGGGCUUUCCCUUCGUCACACAAGGGUUGGAAGACUGAAUAUUGGUGCUCAGCAACUGUCCUUUAGGUCAUUUACUCCAAACUAAGGCUGCAUACACACACAAUAACUUUAAAACACAUUUAGAGCACAUUUCCCCCCUUCACAGAAUUUUAGGCACUGUUAUUUGUUAAGGGUUGCUUGGAAUAGUAACUCUGUGAGGGGCAAACUAUGGUGCCCAGCAUUCUUUGAGGGAAAUAACAUGCUUUUAAGAUUUUGUGAGUACAUAGCCUAAAGCACUAAUCCCACUUGAUUUACCAGGGGGGAAAUGACUUCAUAGCGGCUAUGACUAAAAUUCUGCCAUGAGGCUACUUAUGCUACUCUAAUGAAGCCAAGUGUUCUCUCUCUCUCUCUCUCUCCCUCCCUCUAUAUCUUUGCAGAUUGCCCCAGAAGAGUGAAGAAUGCUGGACAGGGCUGUUCUCCUUCUCUUCCUCCAUUUCAUCAUGUGUUCCCUCUCGUCUCCUCUCUACCCAGCACUCAGGUGCGCAUCUUCUCUCUCACCUUCCUGCCUAUCGAAAACAUAGGGUUUGACUUGACCUUUGUCAUUCACAGUUAGUGGCCCUAUCUAUCUAAAAGGGCAGGUGAAGAAUAGUUGAAAAGCAGCUCAUAACAAAUCUAUUAUCCAUCUUUCUCAAAGAUUACAGGCCAUCAGAAUUUGGUGGUCACUGCAUUUUCCAAAAAGGCCUGGGUUUUCUCUUACACCACCAAUAUAAUUCUUGAAACAGAGGUUUUUCUCUGUGAUUAGGGCUAUACAUAUGCUACCCUACAAACAUUUAAGAACACAGGGAGCUAGCUGUCUUUGUUCAUCUAGCCCAGCAGUCCACAAUUUAACUGCUGCCUUCAUUUGUAUCACAAGCCUUACCAGCUUGUAUAUCAGGAGAAAUGUCUCUGCCUGGUGCAACCAGAUGCAUAGCUGGGUUGUUGUUUUUUGCUUCUUCCACCAUUGUCUCCCAAUUCUCGUCUCCAUAUACCAUGCCAUCAGAAACAUGCGUAUUGCAGUUUGGUUUUUUUCAGCAUUACUUCUGCUUUCUCUUGAUGUGUUGCAGAUAUAGUCCACUCCCCAUUUCUGGCAAGGCAGUGAGCUUUCAACUGCAAGAAAGUGGUCCUGUGCAAAGCCACAACCUCUCAGUAGAGGAGCAGGAGGAGGAGAACUUCCUCACCGACCCUGCUGAGAAAAGGUGGGUAUAUCAGCACCCCACGUCCAGUAGUCAAAAGUGGCAAAUUAGAAUAUAAGACCCCUCUCGAAAUGAAAAGGCCCAUCUAGUCAAGCAUCCCAUUUCAGGCAGUGGCCACUCAGCUUCUGGCAAGCUCACAAGCAGGACAUGAAUACGACAACUUUCCCACGCUGUCGCUUCCUAGAAAAUGGUAUAUACUGGUAUAUUGUCUCCAAACAUGAAUGCUCUACAAAAUAAAUUUGCCUAAUCUCAGCACUCAGGAGGGUGAUAUAGGUCAGCGGAUGGACUGCUCAGUGAAAAGAACCUGUCCUGUUUAUUUAGUUCAUAAAAUUUAUAUACAUCUUGAUUGUAAACAAACACACCCCUCAAAGCUGUUUACAAAAAGAAUAAACCAAUGAAGUUAAAAACAAUUUAAAACCUAAAAACUACUUUGAAAUCAAUAAGCUAAAAACCCAGUUAAAAUACGUGUCAAUAUUGUGCAUGUUUGGAUAGACUUGGCUAAACAAAACCAUUUUUUGCAGGCAUGAAAUAGUACAGCCAAGGCACCAGCCUGAUGUCUAUAGGAAAGUACUUCCAAAUUUUGUGCGAUGCCACACUAAAAGAUUGAUUUCUUACAAAUGCAGAAAGAGUAUUAUGUGGCCUGUGCCAUGUCAAAGAGUGGGAGCUGCAACCAGUAUAUCUGUGCCCUCAUUCAGAAUCUAUGUGCUGUUUCUCACUCUCACACACAGUACACUUUGUGCUGCACCCCCAGUUCCUUCAAGCAAUCUGCCAGUGCUAAGAAGCACAUAGCUCCAACAGGAGUAGUUCUUAAUCCACUUUAAUAGCGUGAGAAGCUUCCUGUUCUCAGGGACGAUGUAUGUGAGACUGCUCUCUCCAUCCAAGUAAAGGGAGAAAGCCAUAAUUUGCAUGGUGUCCCAGGCAGGCACAGAUAAACACAAUGUCUGUGUUUUGUUAGGAUGCAGCGCCAUGCAGAUGCAAUAUUUACUGAUAGUUACCGCAAAGUUCGGGGUAAGAUGUCAGCCCAGAAGUUAUUGCAAGGCAUCGUUGGGAAAAGACUCGGGUAAGUGGAACUUUAUUACAUAUUACUUUAGUUGUAGCAGUCUGCUACAUAUAAGGCAUAGGGUGCAAGCUCUGUGUGUUUCGAUUAGGCACAGAACCUGUGAUUGAAAAGCUCCUGCCUAGACAUGUCCUAGAAACACAAUUGGUAACAACAAGGCAGAUUCAUUCUUAUAGUAAUACGCCCAUUAUAUUUUGAGCCACAUUCAGCCCUGCACUGGAGGGAAUUUCCUGUACAUUUACAAAAAUCUGGCAGCAUAGCCAAUAACCUAGGUAUAGAACUUAAGACGAAAGUCCUCCGAGUGAUUUUUAACACACACAAACAUUCAGUGCCAAUUGCUAACAGCUUUUAUUCUUGAUUUGCCUCCUGCAGAGAUAGUAAAUUCCCAGUAUGCCCCAAAGAUAUUAAUUGGAAAGUACGCACGGGUCCCACUAACUGAACACAAUGCCUUCUCAGGAAAUUGUUCAUUAUGUGAGUGCUUGUAUAAUGAGUUGGCAAUUUCCAUUGAUUCCUAUGGGGAAAUUUCUGAUGUGUUCUUGACAAUGGAAAUUUGGCCCCAAAAUGAUGAAAAAACCCAGGAAAACUCUGAAACAUUCCAAAAGGCAAAGAAACAAGGGAAAAAAUGCUUUAAUUUUUCCCAUCUCCCUCCCUCCCACCCACCUAAGUUUUUGGCGAAACAGCUGCUGACGACUAGCAAAACACAAAAGCAAGGCUUGUUUGAGGCUGCUUAUUUGUUUACAGUACUACACACAGGUCCGGCUGUUUGGAUAUCUUAAUAUUCAGUGUGUAUAGUGAGGUUUGGGUACUAAUUCCUUUUCUUAUAAUGAGCAUUUGCAUAGCGGGACCUGAGUGUAUUAUUCCUUCACAAGCCAGUAGUGCAAGUGGCCUUUCAGCUGUUGCUGGAGUCCAAGCCCCAUCUAUCCAAAUAAGCAGAGCCAGCCCAAGACAUUUUGGCACCUGAGGUGAACUACAAAAUGGCACCCCCACCAGGGAAGAAGGGGUGAGUGAAGAUCUAUAUUGGGAACAAGGGUGAGAGGAAACCAGCAGCACCUCUGAUUUACCAAGAGGCCACUGUAGAGGCAGCAUUGAGAUCCGGUCAGCAAGGGAGCAUGCCACUGUUGUUGCUAUUAGAAGCACCGGCAGGCAAUAUAUGCCUUGGAAGCUCCUGUGGAUCCUGCCACCUGAGGCAGUCGCCUUUUCUUGCCUUAUGGUUGGGCUGGCCCUGCAAAUCAGCAUGACCAGUGAUCAGGGAUGAUGGAAGUUGCAGUUUAGCUAUGUCUGGAGGGCUACAAGAUCCCCAUUCCUGCAUUAGAGGAAGAUAUUGCUACACUUAUUACACUUUAAAGCAGGGGCAGAAAACCUGUGGCCUUCUAGAUGUUGCUACACUACACCUCCCAUCAACCAUGACCACUGGUCAUGCUGGCUGGCGUGAUGGGGGUUGGAAUCCAACCAUAUGCAGAUGGUCAUGGGUUCCUUCUUUCUUGCUUAAAGCACUUUUAAAUCAUUCUAAAUCACAGCCAAUCUUUCAGCUGACUUUUCAGUUGUGUUCUCACCCUUUCUUGUAUAUGAGGCAAUCACAUGUUAUUGAAGACAGGUCAAACAUCUUGUUCAUGGUCAAUCUGAAGUUCAUAACUAAGCAGGGGCUUCAAGACCUUCCACUAAUCUACAUCGUGCUGAUUACAGGGAAGGCAACCUGGGGGAUGAGGAACACGAAUUCAUGACCCGGAGGCAGUCUGACAGCAUCCUGAUGGGCAGUCGCUAUCACCAGCAGAUGGUACUGAGGAAUUUCUUGGGAGCCAUGUUGCAGAAUCCAAGGUUAGUAUACAGAUCCCCUUGAGUUCACGAGGUUGUAGGGAGAGUGGGAGAACAAGAGCUUUGCAUGCCCAAAGAACAGGAGCUCCUAGGCCCAAAAGAUCAGGUAGCAAGUGAUGGAAAAGAACUCUGUCAAAAGCUUGGAAGGACAUGUUAUCAGUCAAUAAUGGUCAAGAUGGGCAGGGAGUCUGAGACCUUUGUAUGCUCCUAUGGUGUAAUCCUGUCCCGCUGCAAACAAAAUGGUUUACAUUACAUUAAGUUGUUUUAUUUCUAUUUCCCCACCUCAGGUCUCAAGAUAUCAAUGAUGACCACUUGGAAGAUUUUGUCAGUGUCCUAACCAAGCUAAUGGAACUGUAAAUAAGCUUUGUCCUGCUUCAUUCUGGUCAGUGCCACUCCCGGAGCACCCUGCUCUUCUUUCUGCUUCUGAAGCUGUACAAAGAAACAGACAUAUUACUAUGUGCACCAAUACUGUCCAGAAUGCCAUCAGGAAAACAAAGUGUGAGGGACUUCUGUUCCCUGUGCUUACUACAGUUUGACUGUUGAAUAUGUAGCCUCACUUCAGUUUGAAAAUAAAUGCCCCUGAUGUAUAGCAAUCAUAUAUAUAUCCAAACUCUUUUUUUCCUAUACAGAAUUACUGUAUAAAGGCACAGAGUUGUGUGGUAUCAAAUAUUAGCCAUGGGGGCCUCUGCCAAUGAAUUAAUUGGGAACUGACCUUGGGGUUCACUGGAAAGCAUAUGACUGACUUCUGAUUUCAGGACCAUGGACAGCUUUUACCCUGCACUAUGUGCUGCUGCUAGAAAUAAAGGGAACAUCAACCAACCAAAUGACUACAGCCAAAACAAUGUUGGAAGUGCAACAAAAUAAUUCUGAAAAUGCAGAAAGCCAAACCUUGGAAUAUAAGGGAAAUUCACUGCACCAUCAGAAAUGAUCAGGGAGGAAAGGCUUAGGAGACCAAAAAGGAACACACAUGCAAGGAAAGUGGUAAGAAGUAGAAAAAGCACUUUCAUCU